GGAUGCACCACGGAGGCUCCGGUAAUUAAAAUAAAGGAAGAUGCGGAAAAGAGUGAGGCGUUGAGAUGGAAGACCCCGGAGCCACUGUACCUGAAUGAAAUGUCAGCUGUAGUGAGCGGAUAUAGUCACUGACAGAACCUCCAGCUGGAACAAUUUGGUGUUGUUGUGAAGCCGGUCGAGACUCCUGAGAGCUGCACAAACUCCUGGAGCUGUCCAAGUCACUGACCAGAGAAGCCAGUCAACAUGCCUCCAAAACAACUGAGUAGAAAACAACAAAGGAAAUUGUACACCUCACUGGCAGGGGAGCUGGUGAUCAUGGCCGGGACCGUCAUGCUGGCCUACUACUUCGAGUACACCGACACCUUCAGCGUGCACGUGCAGGGCUUUUUCUGCUACGACACCGCCUACACCAAACCCUACCUGGGACCAGAGGAGAGCAGCGCCGUCCCACCCAUCCUGCUGUACGCUGUAGUGGCUGGGCUGCCCACGCUGCUGAUCACAAUCACAGAGACUGUUCUGUUCCUGGUCCAGUACACGUCCAAAGAGUUUGACCGCUCAGAGAAGACAGUGGCCACUGGAGACUGCUGUUACCUCAACCCGCUGGUGCGCAGGACCUUUCGCUUCCUUGGCGUCUACACCUUUGGCCUCUUCACCGUUGACAUCUUUGUCAAUGCAGGCCAAGUAGUGACAGGGAACCUGGCACCCUACUUCCUGACGAUCUGUAAGCCAAACUACACAGCACUGGGCUGCCAGCAGGCCCUGCGCUAUAUCAGCCACCAGGAAGCCUGCACAGGAAACCAGGACGACAUCAUGCGUGCCCGCAAGACCUUUCCAUCCAAGGAGGCAGCACUAAGCGUCUACGCUGCUCUGUACCUGGCUAUGUAUGUGACAUGCACGGUGCAAGCUAAGGGCACUCGUCUGGCCAAACCAGUGCUGUCCCUUGGGCUCGUGUGUAUGGCAUUUCUCACCGGUCUGAACCGUGUGGCUGAAUACCGCAACCACUGGUCGGACGUCAUCGCCGGCUUCAUCAUCGGAUCGGCCAUUGCAACAUUCCUGGUGGUGUGUGUGGUCCAUAACUUCAAAGGCAAGUUACUGCUGAGCGACGAUUCACCCAUGGAGCCGCAACCCACUAUAGGAAUGCUGAAUAUGGGCCGAAUGGAGAGUCCCCUGGAGAAGUAUAUCGCUUCACAGAAUCACAUCGCCUUCGCUGAGGUCUCAUGACGUGGAGUCGGCCGUGUGGCAGACCCAUUGGACGUCCACACUCUUCACCAUCCAAUCCAAUUAACCAGUGUGCAGCGCUAAACCUAUCUUGUGUGUGUCCAAUUGUCAGUAUGUCGUUCUAUGUUGUCUAAAUCAGGCCCUUGUUGUCCUCUGCAGCUUCUUGUACUCCAAGGAAAAAAGAAAGAAAAACGUCAGUAACUCAACGGGACAAGUUGUUCCUGCUUUCUCCAUCUAUGCACUUAUUCUGAAUCUUGUUUAGACUCCUACACGAAGCUUGUUGUUAGGCGACAGGAGAACACUUGUUGCACAUCGACGGACAGAAGAAAACAGGUGAAGAACUGGAUUGCACUGCGUUUGUUUAAAAGGUGGAUUUUAUGAAAACUGUCCAAGUUGAGAGAAAGUGUCAGUCAAACACGCUUUUGUUAUGUUGUUAUUGUUGACGACUAUCCCUCAGAUUUCUUUGUCUCAUUAGAUCUUCAUCAUGACAUUCAAAGGAUUGCUGUGAAAAUCAGAUUUUUACACUAACUGCUGGGCCCAUAUUUACCAAAUGAAUCAAUUAGGUUCAAACUAAAAA